AAAUUCCGCUACAUUCAACUGCUGAAUUGGCUGAAUUGUCACAUGAUGCCGAUGCGUGAGUGUGACACGUGAGCACGACUUUGACAUAUCGAGCAGACAAUGUCAAAAUUCAUAUGUGCUGCGAUUCGGUGGUGUGUGAGAAAAAGUUUCAACAAAUUCUAAUCCAAGAUGAGACACGCCAAAUUCAUUGCACGCACGGUUCUGGUGAAGGACAACAAUGUGGAUCAAGCGGUCGGUAUAUUGAAUCGAAUGUUGAGCCGUGAAGGAAUUUUGGAUCAAUAUCGACGCAUGGAAUUUUAUGAGAAGCCAUGCCAAGUUCGACGACGCAUCAAUUAUGAACGUUGUAAGGCAUUUUACAACGAAGACAUGUCACGAAAAAUUCAAUUCGUUCUGAGAAAGAAUAGAGUUGAUCCAUUCCCUGGAUCCAGCUGAAUAAUACCGAUUUUUGUUACAACAAGUAGUUUCACCACAGAAUAAAAAGAAAUUAUAUAAUAAAAAAUUGUAUAGUUUAACGCAAUAA